AUGUUGGCGUGUUUGACCUGGCUAGCCGGUGAAGGGUCGGCACAACGUCUUUUGACAGUGCUCGCGAGCUACAUAAUAGACUCGACGCCAGCUGCGUCGAAGAGGUCUCUGCCCGGACGCAGCGGAAGAGGGUGGCCUCCAUCAUCAGGCCCCGACGACGAUCGUGGUGACUGGAGUCGAGGCCUGCACGAUCUACGACAUGUCGGCAGGCGUGCGGAAGCGGAUCGCCGACAGUCAAUACUCGGAGAUAUUGGAUGGGGUUAUGGCAUUCCUUAUUGCGGAACCCAAGGCACGGCCAGCUCAAACGCGAUGCUGAGAACGCGUGGUGAUGGCGCAAAAAAGCAGAGGGUCACACUGCUGCAGACGCACCCGGGGUGGGAUUUGCGCGGAGAGACACAACUCUUGUUGUUUUGCAUAUUGGUGAUAUCGUCUCAGGUGUGA